UCAUCUUCUCUCCACCAUUGUCAAUUGCUUCAAAUCACAUCAAAAUGGCAUCCAUCAUCUCCCGCACCAGCUUCCGUACUCUCACGGCGCUCCCCCGGGCUACGCCUCUUCCUCGCCUGUCACUUUCCCGCCAUCUCCCCCGCGUGCAGCCCCGCGUGCAGCCCCUCCCCCGCCGCUGCCUGACCACCAUUCCCCAGGAGCAACCCCGUCUGCGUCUCGGAUCUAAGGCCCCCAACUUCAAGGCCCAGACCACACAUGGCGAGAUUGACUUCCACGAGCACAUCGGCAACAGCUGGGCGAUCCUGUUCUCGCACCCGGCCGACUUCACCCCCGUGUGCACCACCGAGCUGGGCGCCUUUGCUAAGCUGAAGGACGAGUUCGAGAAGCGUGAUGUCAAGAUGAUCGGACUGAGCGCCAACGACCUCAGCUCGCACGACCAAUGGAUCGACGACAUCAACGAAGUGGCCAACACCCAAGUGCAAUUCCCCGUGAUCGCCGACGCGGACCGCAAGGUGGCGUUCCUGUAUGACAUGAUCGACCAGCGUGACCUGGACAACAUCGCAGAGAAGGGAAUCCCGUUCACGAUCCGCUCGGUGUUCAUUAUCGACCCGGCCAAGACGAUCCGGCUGAUCAUGUCGUACCCGGCGUCCACGGGGCGGAACUCGGCGGAGGUGCUGCGGGUGAUUGACUCGCUGCAGACGGCGGACAAGCGCGGCAUCGUUACUCCGAUUGACUGGAACGUGGGCGACGAUGUGAUUGUGCCCCCCUCGGUGUCGACGGAGGAGGCGCGGAAGAAGUUCGGCGAGGUGCGCGAGCUGAAGCCGUACCUGCGUUACACCAAGGCUUGAGCCAUUGUCUCGCGCCACAUGGCCGUUGAAAACAC